AUGUUGCAGCUCCAAUACCGAAUGCACCACGACAUUGCCGAUUGGGCCAGUCAAGCCAUGUACCAUGGGGAACUCCAAACACACUCUAGCGUCCGGGAUCGCACGCUGAGCCAAUUGGAAGAUUUGCAAAAGGUUGCUUCCCAUGGUAGCAGUGGAAGUAUGGACGAAAUGGCCAAGACUAGAAUGCUGCUGGUGGAUACGGCUGGAUGCGAAUACUUUGAAACGGUCAAUGCGGCAGGAUCACGCUUGAAUCACGGAGAGGCUAAUAUUGUGACAAAGCAUGUACAACGGCUAAUCCAAAUGGGACUGGAUCAGAGUCAAUUGGCCAUUAUUACUCCCUACAACGGGCAAGUCGAACUACUGCGCAGCAUGCUGCUACAGGAUUAUCCUCGAUUGGAGAUUCGGACCGUUGAUGGAUUUCAAGGAGGUGAACGGGAAGCGGUGAUUCUCAGUCUCGUCCGAAGCAGUGACCGUGGAGGAAAGGACGGUAUUGGUUUCUUGAAGGAUGACCGGCGUCAGAAUGUGGCGAUCACCCGUGCCAAGCGUCACUUGGCGGUCGUGUGCGAUACCGAGACGGUGUGUCAGAGCAAGUUCAUUAAGAAUUUGAUCGACUGGAUGGAAACAAAUGGCGAGACUCGAUCGGCCAUUGAAUACGCGGCUGGUGGUGGUGAAAAUGAGGACUACGAAGCGGACCUACGAUCGGCUGAAGCGGCGCUGUUGCAAAUGGUGGAGUCCGAAGUCAGGUCCACAGAAAAGUCAAAGACCAAGAGCAUUGAGCAAAAGAAAGAGGAAAAGAAAAAGGAGGACGAGAUCAGGCGAAAAGCACUCAUGGACCAGAUUUCCAAGUUUGCUGAAUUCGGUCCUUUGGGAAAAGAAAUGAAAUUGAGCACCGAACUCAGCAGCUAUGAACGAAUGCUAGUUCAUGAACUUGCCGAACAACUGGGACUGGGGCACCGAAGUGAAGGGACAGAGGGCGUCGAUCGAAGGAUUAUUCUUUCCAUUGUCAGGAAGCAAGGGCCGGAAGAAUCCAAGGCGACUUCCAAAGCUGGUGGUGGCAAAGCAAAUGACGAUGCCAUAGACGAAGGCAUCUCAGCCAAUACUGCGACUGGUCCCUCCUUUGCUGCAUUAGCCAUUGACGAUAGUGAUUCUGAAUCGGGUGAUGAUGAAGAAGCGAAUGAACCGUCCAAAGAUCAGGAAGCUAUGGCAACUUCGACUUCAGAUUCACAAGGGAAUUCACUCUUGGCCCAACUGGCCAAAGAACGCGCCGAACGACAGCAGAAUCAAGGUGGUAGCCAAGCCACCGGUGUGCAAAAGCAGCAGGGCGGAACGAAAAAGAAGAAGAAAUGUAAGGGACAGAAGCUAGGUGGAAAGAAACCAGUCAAACACGAACCAGAAGAAAGCCUGGACGAUUUGGACGACAUGGCCUUUCUAGAUGCCCAGAUUGUAAAGGCUGAAAACAGUCAUGGACGGAAGGUCGAAGGCAAAGGUCAGUACCGCACCAUUGUCAAUGGGAUCCUGAAUACGAGACCGGAACCUCGUGCCAAGCCGACCAAUCCAAAUGCCAAUGCGGCACUCAAAUCCAAACUGAAGGAUGCUCAAAAUGCUAGGAAGGCAAAGCCUAAAAAGAAGAAGAAAUGA